UGGGUCUCCCCUUUCAGUUACACAGAGGGAGGGAGAGAGAGAGAGAGAGAGCCAGCUAGUGAGCCUGUGUGUUACAGAGGGAUACUGGGAGAGGGAGGAUAAUGUGUGUGUGUGGCCAAGGAAAAGGCAGGGUGUUUAAGAGUGAGAGAGGACAGAAGCAGAAGGUUUGAGAAAGACUAGUUUACUAGAGGGAGAAGUGUCAGCAAGAGGAAUAAAGUGUACAAAGAAAAAUAGGAAUACAGAAAGGGAGAGGGAGAGAGGGACAGAAACAAAAGUCAUAGCAGCUGCUUCAGACCAUCAGAGAACUGAGCCAAAGGGAACAGGAGAGAGUUUCUGCGUCAUGGGCAAAUCAGCUUCUAAGCAGUUUUCGGAGGAGGUGUUGCGGAGUCAUAAUGAGUAUCGUAGGAAGCACCAGGCACCCCCUCUGAAGCUGAGCAGCAAGCUGAGUAGCGAUGCAACUAGGUAUGCUGAGUCUCUGGCCAGCACACGGAUCCUGAAGCACAGUGUUGAGUCCAGUAAGGGGAGCUGUGGCGAGAACCUGGCCUGGGCCUCCUAUGACCAACCAGGUACACACACUCUAACCCGAUGACUCCUAAUGCUAUGA